UUAAAGACAAUCGCCGGACGACAAGAUAAAUGUUCUCAAGGUGACAAAAGUAUAUAAGCAUAUUAAUUCUUUUAGGGUGUGCGUGCGGGAGCAAGACAAGUCGAAGUAACUGUCAAUGGAAUAGGUGAAAGAAGUGGGAAUGCGUCGCUUGAAGAGGUAUCAUAAUCAUUAAUAAUUUUCAUCAUCAUUACCGUAUUACCAUAGUUAAUGAUCAUCAUCAUCAUGAAUAAUAGUUCUUUGGCAUGUAAGAUUGUAAUGGCUUUGAAAUGUCGUGGAGCAUAUGUGAUGGAUGGUGUUUACACAACAAUAGACACAAGCCAGAUUAUGGCUGCUAGUAGGAAGGUAACUUUUUUAUAUAUAAUAUACACAAUAUUAUGGGUACAAACUAAAUAUUAUAGUAUUAAUUUUGUUUUGUCGUUAAAUUAAAAUAAUUUAGUGAUAUAUAAAGUGAUGUUGAUGAGCAGGUUCAAGAGUAUACUGUCUUGCAUGUUCAACCACAUAAGCCCAUAGUUGGCAACAACUGUUUUGUUCACGAGAGUGGCAUUCACCAGGUUAAUUCCGUGCUUUUAAUUAUUUAUAAGUGUAAUAAAUAUAUAAGAUUUGAUUUGCUUACGAAGAAUAUUGUUAAAACAUUCCGCAGGAUGAAAUGUUGAAAAAUGGAAGUACAUAUGAAAUCUUCUCACCAGAAGACAUUGGGAUCGAAAGAUCUGAAAGUUCCGGCAUUGUGCUUGGAAAGCUUAGUGGACGUCAUGCUGUGAAAGUUCGGCUAAGAAAGUUAGGAUAUGAAAUCAUCAGUGAUGAAAAGUUGAGGGACAUUUUCUCACGAUUCACGAAUUUAACUAAGCAGAAAAAGAGAAUCACGGAUGCUGAUCUUAGUGCACUAAUGGUGUUGUACGGUGAUGAAAUCUCAUCAAAGAUAUUGGAAGGAACGGUUCUGAACGAACCAAUCCCUCAGAUAUCAUCUGUCGUAUAAAUAUGUAAACGCGGUGUGUGUUUUUGUGUAAUAAGAUGAUAUAUAUAUAUACUAGAUAUGGAUCCGUGCAACGCAUGGGUUUUAUUUGAUGUUAUCACUAA